ACAAGGAGCGCGGCUGGAAGAGCGGGGUGCCUGCUACCACCCAGAACCCCCUGGUGCGUAUGGGGAGCUAAGACUCUAAGACACACCCCUGGUUGCUCAGCCGGUCAGCUGCUGUGCUGGGCUAUGGAAACAGCAGUGAUUGGAGUGGUGGCGGUGCUGUUUGUGGUCACCGUAGCCAUCACCUGCCUCCUGUGCUGUUUCAGCUGUGACUCGAGGGCCCAGGAUCCUCAGGGGGGCCCUGGCCACAGUUUCACGGUAGCCACGUUUCGCCAGGAGGCUUCUCUCUUCACAGGCCCGGGUCGCCAUACCCAGCCUGCGGCAGCGGUGGGUGCCCGGGACUUCUGGACCUUCAUGUGAGGCCUCUCAGUUCCUAGGAUUUGUUUUGCUGGUGAGUCAGACCCACUCACCCACCAGCAAGCCUUCCUGCUGUUCCACUACUUCAAGUCUGGCCUUCCUGGCCUUCCCUGCCUGUUGUAUUCGGCAAACUCCCAGUGCCAUCCCAUCCCAGCUUGCUGUGUCUGCCAGCCUGGUAGAUCUGCAGGGCCAGGACCAGGUGGAAUUCAGCUCUGACCCCUGAGAACUCAGCUGGACCCUGCCCACAGGAUGGGGCCUAGGGGAGGCCUGAAGAGUGAGUGACUGGGUCAGAUUGCACGGGGGCCAGCUCUACAGACUAACGGUGGUAUGACUGGAGUUUAUCAGGAACAGAGGGCUAGUUCACUCAGGUUAUCCCAGCAUGCUGGUGAAACUGGUUCUGUUGCCACCAGAAGAAAGAGUGCCCUCGAGUGAACAUUUUUACAUUUUUAUAUGCUCUGCUGAGGGAGUCGUUUGGUUCCUUGCCAGGGCACAACGCACAGAACUCAGCCCUGAGACCAGUCCCCUGCCGAUUGUCUGAAAUUAGACCUGCAGUUCUGCAACCAAAAGACUGCUUCCUUGGGAACCAAGCAUUUAUUUUAUUAUUGAAAAUGUAUAUCCUUAUAUAGGUUUCUCAAGAACCAGUGUUGAAAACUACAAAAUGAAACAGAAGAGAAAAAAACAUGGUCACAGAAAGUACAAGCUGUUUGAUUAACAGGAAAGCCAGAAAGAAGACUUUGAAACAUAUUUUGAAUGAGACUAUAUUACUGUCUUCUUAUAGGUCACUUGUGCUCUUAGAGAAUGUGAAUGACUUGCAUCAUUAGGAAUGAUGGAAAAAUCAUGAACUGAAAGAUAAUCCCAAAUAAGUUAAAAUGUUAUGUUACAUCAAAAAAGCCUGUAACAAAGCUCUUGUUUUCAUCACAAAUAAAGAGAUGUUCAGUUUUUAUUA